AUGUUUAAAUCCCCAUUUAAGAAAAUCAACCAUAAGCUAAAUCAUCAAAAUAUAUUAGACCAGACUAACAGCACCUUCUUUUUAUCCAAUACAGCAGGAAUAUUAAUCUAUUUCUUUCUGUCUCCAUGGCAUCCUAGAAGUCACAGAAGAAACAAAAAGAGAAUUCGUGCGAAUGGAAAUAUAAAAGAAAAAAAAGCACUUGAAACUGUAGUUAUAUUGGAGUAUGAAGGGUUUUCGUGUAAAAGAGGUCCUUUAUAUACCAAAAGAAUCAUAAUAUGCAGUUUGUUCAUACUUCUCAUGCUCAAUGGGGCCUAUGCAGAUUUAACUUUGCAUGGAGUAGAAGAGGUCCUGAAUAAUAUGCUGCAGGAUAAGAAUAAUUGCAGGAUGCAAAUAAAUAUUAAUGGACCCUUAAAUCCAAUUAGAGGGUAUAUAUCAACUCUUGCAGGAUAUACUCAUAAUAAAAGGUUCUUUUCGGAAAAUAUUAAAACCUCGUACGCUCUGCUUAAACACACUGCUACAGAAGAAAGAAGCAGAAAAAUAUUUCAAAGAGACUACGAAAGAGAUAAACCAGUUGCCUGGCUACUAAACACCUCAGAUCACACAAAAUACAUAUAUAACUACCACCAGGCAUUUCUCAUCAUGUUUUCCUCAUCAGAUGGCACUAUAGACGUAAACUCUUCUGGAAUAGAUUCAUUCAGUGGAUUUCUUCAAAUCAGCAAAGUAAGAACACACAAAUACAAAAUACUAGCAUCCUUGCUGCUGCUCUCUGAAGGAAUAGACGUCUUCAUGGAAAUAACAAAAAGUCACCCGAAAUCCACUAGAAAACUGGUUUUAAAAGAGAAUAAAACCAAAGGAAACCACUUCUCUUUAAGCUUAACAACUAAUUUCGUAAUAACAGGACGAAAUAAUUCAACUAGUUUCCCUGCCCUCCAAAAUAACACUAUUUUUCUAAUAGAGUUCUUUUUAAAGUACAGAAACCAUCCUGUGCAGGAAGAAUACGCAGAACCAAGAAAUUUAGAAGAAUUCAGAACUGGCCGAUUUCUUAAUAAUUUGAGAUGGCUCAUACAGACAUACAUAUAUAACUACUUCUCUACUAGCGAAGAAGUGAAUAUAUUCAAUCAAACAGUGCAUGAUAUUUUACUAGAAUACUUACCAGAAUACAACGAGAGCAAAGGAAAAGAAGAUAUUUCUAUGCAAGUUUUCAGAAAGUGUUUUACAACAAUGGGAAAUAAUACUGUUUCUUGUAUAAACAGAGAAUAUUCUGGUCGUAUUAUGCGCAUAUUCAAAGCACAUGAGGCCCUUCAUGUGGAAAUGUGCCCAGGAACCAUCUACCCAUUAAUUUUCACGAAAAAUUCAAUUAUAAGCACAGAAGACCAAGAAGUCCCUCUAAGUAUAACAGAUACCUUUGCAUGCACAAUGGAAGAAGUUCUUCUUGGAUUAUUAAGUUGUUUCUUCUAUGAUGCAAAGAAGAACACUUACACAACAGAACAUAUCCCCGAUGCUUCGUACAAACUGUUCAGUUUCUUCAUUUCGCACAAAACCCCUUCAGAGAUGAUUUCCAGUGAAAUAACCAGUAAAUGGUCUCUGGUUCUGGCAGAAUUGCAAAAUAGAAAUAUAUUAUACGAAAAAGAUAACAGAAGCAGGCUUGUAACCGGAAUAAUGAAUCUUCUAUACGUUAUCACAGAAAUUACUGGAAUUUAUCCAAGAGAAUCCAAAGUGCUUCAUUAUUAUGCCACUUUUGUGAAAAAUGCAUGUGAAAAAGCUGUUCUCACAGGCAUACAAGAGAAACUUGGGUUAUAUCUGGAAUACUUAUUUCUUCUGCUCUUCAAUAACUCUGAGGAUUUAAGCUGUAAGCUCAGAAUGAAAAGAGACAAAAUAAAAGUGACUCUUUCUCAUUUAGAAAUAAUAGAAAUAGAUGAAAGAAAGGAUCUAAUUGGAAUUCUUCACAUAAAAUAUAAGGAUAGAAUGAAUCCUAUCGAAAUUCGCAUUAAUCUUAUGAAAAACAAUCAAGUGGAAGUUUCCUAUAACUAUAAUAGACCAGUAAUUUCACCUGCUGCAGAGAAGAUGAUUUUUCAGUUGAAAGGUAUGGUGAAAAUAAAAAGUAUCCCAGAUACGUUCACAGAGUGCAUGAUUGCGCACUUUAUAACAGAAGAAAUAGAUAUACUCUCAGGAAAAAAAGUGAAUUUAGAGUACUUCCAGAAUAUUCCAAAAAUAGAAGACAGAACCCCCUUGGGAAUGGAUAGAUUCCUUCUACUAGGCAAGAUAUCCACUUUAAAGCAGAAGGAACACCCGGUACUAUUAAUAAUAUCCAUCUUAGACACAGAAUUUCAAAAAACUUCAAAUCCUGCAAUUAUGCAAUUUCUAGCUAACAUAAUUACAAGUGAACUAAAAGAAAGGAGAAAUAUUUCAACCAAAAUUAUUUCUAUUCUCUUACUUAUUAAUGAAACAACAGGAAUCAACAUAAUCCCAGAAAUAACAGAAUAA